GUUUUCUCUCUCUUCGAGCAUUGCCUUGUCUUCUUCACCACACUGGUCUCUGUAACUGAGAGACCCAAAGCCCUUCCCUUUAUAUCUUUUCUCCAAUUUUCGCAAGAUCUUAUGAGAUAAAUUUCAAUGGAGGAACAGCGAGAGGAAAGUGAGUUUCUUGGUGAUUUUAGAGAGCCCAUGGAGGAAGCUGGUAAGGGACUAGGUUUAUCUUCUAAAACUGAAACCCUAGUUGGUGAGGAUGCCGCCACGUCAGAGGUUUUGGAUUCAGGUGUUUUCGAUGUUUGUGGGAUUGAUGAAAUCCCAAAUGAUGGAGAUUUAGCUACUGGUGAUGGGAGCUUAAAAGCUGGUAAUUCGGUUUCUGAUGAGAAACAAGUGAAAGCUGAUGUUGAUGAUGAUGUUAAAAGGACGGAUGCUAUCACAGAGCCUGAAACUGAGAUGGAGCGUGAAGGAGAUACUGGAACUGUCGAGGUGAAGUUGAAUGAUGAAACGGUUAAGUCUGAAGUUAAGAGUCAAAAUGGUGCUAGUCAUGAUGAAACUGCAGGGGAAGAGGAGACUGUAAUUUCUGCUGCGAAUGGUGCUACUGAUGAGAAGGCAACAUGUGAAGUUGAAGAUAACGGUGGUGUUUGUGCUGCAGAACAAGAUGUUGAAACUGAAAAGUCCCAGCAAAAGUCAGUCGAUGGUGAGACGCUUUCUGUUUCAGAAGAUAAAGCUGACCAAGAGAAGGAGACAACACAGAGAAGCGAGAAGGAUAAUAACAAAAUGGUUGUUGAUAGCAAACAGGAAAAUGAAGAGAAUGUUGCUCUUCAUGAACAGGGGAAUCAUGAACAUGCUAAGCAUUCAGGAUCUGCACAGGUUCCAGAGGAGUCUACCCAACUGAGCAAAGAGGAAACAGAUGAAAAAAGUCAGAAAGUGGAAAACGGAGAAGCCAUGGAGAUUGAUUUUGCGGCAGAGGAACAGAUGAUAAAGGAUGGUAAAGUAGGCGGCGCUUUGGAUAAUGACUGCAAUGAAUCUGCUGGUGCAAGUAUGGUAAAAACCCAAGAUGUUCCAGUAGCUGAAGCUGACAACAAUGUUUCCAAUGUAGUUGAGAAAAUGGAAAUUGAUGAACGCAAAGAUAAUGCUCAUAUGGCAAGUGAUCUUACCGGAACAAUUGAAUCUGCUGAUUCAGCAAUCCAAAAUAGUCCCACUGAAGAUGCUGCUCCAGGUGAAGUUGAACCGUUGGAUCAUAAUGCUCUUUUCGAUCCAACUUCUGAUAUUACCAACUUUAUUGAUUUCAGUGGUGUAUCAUCUUGGUCAGGAAAUAUACAAGACCUUAAAACCGAAACCGGGAAUGUAUCUUUGAAAGAUGAUAAGAAAGCUACUGACCUGGCAGAGGAUGUUGCCACAGCAGAUGCUAAUCUAAGCUUAAGUCCCGAAGGUAUCGAAACUGAAUCGAAUGAAGCCCGUGUUGGUGUUGGGGCAGAAUCUCCAGCUGCUGCAACAGAUUGUUCAAAAGAGACUUCUGAUGCAACUUUGGGAUCUGAAGAAAACCAACAAGGUAAGGAUCAUCAAUCCCUAGAUAAGAAAACAGCAGAUCAACAAGAUACAAUGAUAGAGGAAGAUGACAUUACUCAUGAAGCUCCAAGUAUCAACCCAAACCAAAAGGAAGAUGCAGAAAUGGAAGAAAAUCCCAACAAUUCUGAUUAUGCUAAUGAUAUAACCGGUUUUGACAUUAAAACGAAUGGUGUGAAACGAAAGGCUGAUGUCCUGAGUGAGGAUUCACCAGGGGAAGGUAGGAAGACUGUUUCAUUCGCAAAGGUGUCUUUCGCCGAAAGGCCUUCCUUUAAGAUCGGUGCAUGCAUAGCCAGAGCUGCUAGUCAGAUGGCAGGAUCUUCUUCAGUUUUGAAGGGUAGUAACUUUGAUGAUGAAACUCUUUCUGUUGAGAGUUUUGUAUCCCAGCUUCAUUGCGCAGCAACAGACCCCGUUAAAGAGAACGUUGUAUCUGACAUUGCUGCUGGCUUUUUCUUGGAUUUCCGAAACUCAUCGGCUUCACAGCAAGUUACCACGGAAAAGGUAAGCAAGAAAAGAGGUCGACCAUCCAAUUCUAAUGUAGCAGGAACUGAAUCAUUUGAGUUCGAGGAAACGGGAGACACAUACUGGACUGACAGGGUGAUCCAUAAUGGUGGUGAAGAGCAAACGCCAUCUUUUGAGAAAGCAAAUUAUCAAGUUGUGCCAGUUGAGUUGAAACCUGCUCAGAUUCAAAGGACUCGUCGACCAUACAGAAGACGACAGGCUCAGAUCAAUAUUCAUCUUUCAGCCUCAGACAAACCAGCAAACUUUGAUGAGAAUGCACCAGCUGAGCUUGUAAUGAACUUUUCUGAAGCGGAUACAAUACCUCCUGAGAAGAGCCUGAGUAAAAUGUUUAGGCAUUUUGGACCAAUAAAGGAGUCACAGACUGAAGUUGACAAGGAGAAUAACCGGGCUAGAGUAGUUUAUAAGAAGGGUGCUGAUGCUGAGGUUGCUUACAACAGUGCAGGAAGGUUCAGUAUUUUUGGGGCAAAAGCGGUAAAUUACGAGCUCAGCUAUACGAUAACUGAAACAUUCAAAGUUCAGCCUUAUGUUGUGUCUUUAGGCGAGGAGGAUGCAGCACUAUGUCUUCCAGCCUAGAAACAGUUUUGCUUCAGACAUGUUUCAGGUGAAAACAAUCUGCAGGCAUCAAGAGAAGUAAACAAUGAAGUGGCUCAAUGGAUUGGAGGCUCUUGCUUGUCUUUUUGUUAUGUAAUAGGUAGAGAUUUAGGCUGUGUAAUUGUAACAUGAGAAAACAUGUAAUUCCCCGAGUUCUCAGAGUAUCAUCUGUUAUUUAUUGUAAGAGACUAAGAGGUUAGAAAGAUAGUUACCUUUUCUUUUCUGGUGACAAAAACAUGUUAUUUGCUGUUACUAAACCAAGUGAUGUUAG